AUGUCUACUCGAGUCUACGUAGGAAAGCUUCCUCCUGAUGUCCGUCGCGGUGACAUCGAGGAUCUAUUCCGCGACUAUGGCCGACUGCAUGACAUCCGCAUCAUGGGCGCGUUCGGCUUCGUCGAGUUCGAGCACCCUCGCGACGCCGAGGACGCCGUCAAGGACUUUGAUGGCAAGAACUUCAUGGGAGAGCGAAUCGUAGUGCAGCACGCAAAGAGCGGAGAGCGCCGCCGUGAACCCGCUGGCUACGGCGCCGACUCGUAUGAUCGUCGAGGUGGUGGUGGCAGCAGCUACGGCCGCGACGCUCCUUCCUCCCGAUACGGCGCUCCUCCUGCUCCCAAACGCGAGCCCCGCCUUCGCCGCGGUCAAUUCCGCUGCAUCGUCUCGAACCUUCCUCCCAACACCAGCUGGCAGGACUUGAAGGACAUCGGUCGCGAGCAUGGAUCCAUCUCGUUCGCAGAUGUCGACGCUACCCGCCCGGACGAGGGUGUCAUCGAGUACGACAACCGCGAUGAUUAUGAGCGUGCCCUCGACAAGAUUGAGGGUGUCGAGCUUCGCGGUUACAAGCUCCGCAUUGACCCCGCCCGUCCGCCUCGCGAUGAGCGCGACCGCAGCCCUCCUCCCCGCCGCCGCGAUGACAGUCCUCCCCCUCGUCGACGCGACGACAGCCGCGAGCCUCGUGACCGCGAGGACAGCCGCGAGCCUGUCCCUGAGCGCAACGGUCGCUACGACAGCCGAAGCCCUCUUCCACCUCGUGACGACGAUGACGUUUCUCGUCCUCGCGAUGACUGA